CGAGACCCGCCCACUCAUCAACCACCCACGGAGCAAGUCCAAGCCUCCAUCGGCCAUUAACUACAACUGUGCUAUGGCUACAUACCAUAGUGGUGUGGCAAUCAAGAUAUUUCGAUGCUUGAAUAUCAGCUCGUUCUUCUGAUCAUCUUGUGACGCAUUUUCAAGAAGAGAACAGACAGCAAGGUGGCAGAGGGUGACGAUAUAUGAAGUAUCAAACGUGACAUAUGGGUGAAAGUUCGAUUCGAGUGUUCAAAUGGAUCAACGACCCAAGAACGUAUGCCAGGAGUCUCCGCCGGAUUACGCAAAUGUUGUCGCUUCUUCGUCGGCGAGCACAUUCCUACAGCCUCCGGCUCCUUCUCCAUACCACAACUGGCAAGAGUCUCCAGAAGAAGAUCGCUUGCCUCCACCAGCAGCGAGCUACCUUUACUCAUCUACUGGCAAUGCCUCCUCCCAUGACGCUUUGCGUGCGCACGAGUUCUGUGAUGCACAUCCACUAGAUUCCCCAGCGAUGCCAUCUGUUGCUGCUUACAGAUCUGUGGAGCAAUAUGAUUUGACACCAGUACGGCCGUUGGAGUUUCAUGGCAAUGUGCAUGUUGCUCCUCAGGGUCGUUGGACGGGCUCCACGGGCCACGGAAACAGUGACUCUAUACUGACAACUAACUUGCCUCUUUACUUCUCUCUGAUCGACUCCCCUCUUCGCACAAAUAUGGUCAAGUCAAUCUACUUCGAAGUCAAAUUACUAGGCCUCGGCGGAAGGUCUAGCAGCAGGCCUGCCGAACCUAGCGGGUUCGCUAUUGGAUAUGUGGCAAAGCCAUAUCCAUCUUGGAGGUCUCCCGGCUGGGAGCGAGGGAGUCUCGGCGUCUUCUCUGAUGAUGGCUGUCGCUUUGUGAAUGACUCCUGGGGCGGGAAGCCUUUUACAAGUGAAUUCCGCGAAGGAGAAACGGUUGGCCUAGGAAUGUUGUUUCGACAGUCAUGCGAUAAAAACAGAGUUGAUGUAACCGUAUGCUUUACUCGUGAUGGACAACAGGUGGGGGCUUGGGAUCUUGCUGAGGAAAGAGAUGAGGACUCCGGCGGAAUUCAGGGGUUAGAAGGAGAUUUCGACCUCUAUGGGGCUAUAGGGCUUUUUGGAGUGGUGGAGUUUGUUGUGGAGUUUAAUCCCACAGCUUGGCUAUGGACUCCAUAAUAUGUUGUUUGAUCUACUCGCACGUUAGUUAGCCUCGAUGCUGGCGCACGUAUAUUGCAACUUGUUUGUUUGCACUACGACUCUGGCUCAACUGGACCUCGGAGUCGGAGUAAAGCCUUGGGAUACACCUUAGUAAUGAACUCUUAUGCUCGCAUGGGAAGGAUUGGAAGAAUCCUGC